GACGGUUCCUGCGGGGCGCGCCCGGGAGCAGGGCUGUGGGCGGGGCGCGGGCGGCCGGCACUGAAGCCGCCUGAGCCGGCUCCUGUGUCACACUCCUUGGCAGGUUACUUUCUGAACUUCCUGGAGCCGGUGAACAACAUCACCAUCGUCCAGGGCCAGACGGCGACUCUGCACUGCAAGGUGGCCGGCCACCCGCCGCCCAGCCUGCGGUGGCUGAAGAACGACGCCCCGGUGGUGCAGGAGCCGCGGCGCGUCAUCAUCCGCAAGACGGAGUACGGCUCUCGGCUCCGUAUCCAGGACCUGGACACGACAGACACCGGCUACUACCAGUGCGUGGCCACCAAUGGGAUGAAGACCAUCACUGCCACCGGCGUCCUGUUCGUGCGGCUCGGUCCCACACACAGCCCAAACCAUAAUUUUCAAGACGACGACCACGAGGAUGGGUUCUGCCAGCCGUACCGGGGCAUCGCCUGCGCGCGCUUCAUCGGGAACCGGACCAUCUACGUGGACUCGCUGCAGAUGCAGGGGGAGAUCGAGAACCGGAUCACAGCCGCCUUCACCAUGAUCGGCACCUCCACGCACCUGUCUGUGUUCCCGCUGUGCGACGCGCGGUCACGGGCGCCCAAGCCGCGCGAGCUGUGCCGCGACGAGUGCGAGGUGCUGGAGAGCGACCUGUGCCGCCAGGAGUACACCAUCGCGCGCUCCAACCCGCUCAUCCGGGGCUGCUGCUCUCCAUCGGCUCCUGACCUCUCUCUCCUCUCAGACCAUCAGUGCUACAACGGCUCGGGCACGGACUACCGAGGGACGGCGAGCACCACCAAGUCAGGGCACCAGUGCCAGCCGUGGGCUCUGCAGCACCCCCACAGCCACCACCUGAGCAGUGCAGACUUCCCGGAGCUCGGCGGGGGGCAUGCCUACUGCCGGAACCCCGGAGGGCAGAUGGAAGGCCCCUGGUGCUUCACGAAGAAUAAGAAUGUGCCCAUGGAGCUGUGUGACGUGCCCCCGUGCAGUGGAGAGCUGCUCCUGGCCCUGCAGGGGGGGCAGAGCGCUGCUCCCCUCCUGGCCCUGCAGGAUGGCACUUCUGGAUUCUGUGCCCCUGCUGCCUGGGCCCCUGGUUGCUGCGUGUGCCGCCACAAGCAGAGGGCGGCCGCCGCGCCCCCCCGCCGGCAGCUGAUGGCGUCGCCCAGCCAGGACGUGGAGCUGCCCCUCAUGGGCCCGCACAAGCAGGCCAAGCUCAAGGAGAUCAGCCUGUCCUCCGUGAGGUUCAUGGAGGAGCUCGGGGAGGACCGCUUCGGGAAGGCGUACCGAGGCCGCCUGCUGGGCCCCGCGCCCGGGGACGUGGUGCACAAGGACCUGGCCACCCGCAACGUGCUGGUGGACGACAAGCUGAGCGUGAAGAUCUCGGACCUGGGGCUGUUCCGCGAGGUGUACUCGGCCGACUACUACCAGCUGCUGGGCAGCGCGCUGCUGCCGGUGCGCUGGAUGUCGCCUGAGGCCAUCCUGUACGGCAAGUUCUCCGUGGACUCGGACAUCUGGGCCUACGGUGUGGUCCUGUGGGAGGUGUUCAGCUACGGCCUGCAGCCCUACUGCGGGCACUCCAACCAGGACGUGGUGGAGCUGGUGCGCGGCCGGCAGCUGCUGCCCUGCCCCGACGACUGCCCCGCCUGGGUGUACGCCCUGAUGGUUGAGUGCUGGAGCGAGUUCCCCGGCCGGCGGCCGCGCUUCAAGGACAUCCACAGCCGGCUCCGCGCCUGGGGCGGCCUGUCCGCCUACACCAGCUCCGCGCAGACCUCGGGCGCCAGCAACGCCACGCAGACCAGCUCGCUGAGCACCAGCCCCGUCAGUGUCAGCAACGCCCGCUACGGGGUCCCCAAGCCCAAGGCUCCGCCCUUCCCGCAGCCGCAGUUCAUCCCCGUGAAGGGCCCCAUCCGGCCCCUGGGGCCCCCUCCACAGCUCUACAUCCCCGUCAAUGGCUACCAGCCCGUGCCGGCCUACGGGGCCUACCUGCCCAACUUCUACCCCGUCCAGAUCCCCCUGCAGAUGGCCCCGCAGCAGGUGCCUGCCCAGAUGGUGCCCAAGCCCGGCUCGCACCACAGCGGCAGCGGCUCCACCAGCACCGGGUAUGUGACCACCGCGCCUUCCAACACGUCAGUGGCCGAGCGCGCGGCGCUGCUGGCAGAGGGCGCGGAGGACGCGCGGGACGGCCCUGAGGACGGCGCCCAGGGCCCCGUGCCCGAGGCGGCGGAGGAGGAGGACGGCUCCGUCCCGGAGACCGAGCUGCUGGGCGACAGUGACCCUCUGCAGGUGGAGGAGGCCGAGGCCCAGCUGGAAGUCUGAGGGUCAGGACUGCGGGGCUCGCCGUGGGAAACUUCAGCCACUGAGAAGUGAGCCCCCAGCGCCCGCCCGGGGCUGGUUGGCGCCCCGCCAGGUGAAGUCACUCCGCCGCCUGCUCCGCCCAGAGCUGCGCUGUGGCCAUCCUUGGGCUUUGAGCCUGUGGCACCGGGUGAACCGUGACGCCAGGUCGUCUGCAUUUUCCCGGGGAGGGGUCGCGGGCAUUGCCCGUGCUUUGAAGGGAACAGGUGGCGUUUGACCACCUGGUUGCAUAUGAUCCAAUGGUGCAAAACUUCGCGACAGGCCUGGGCAGGCAGCCGGCUGGUGGAUGGAGGAGCUGCUUGCCGCUGCCCGCCGGUUUUAGCCCCUUCAGCCCCUAGAGUAGCGGGAACAGGGCGCUGCCCCCGCCAGGCCUGGUGAGCAAGGCUUCUGGAACCGGAGUCCCAUUUUAAAACACAACGUGCCUUAAAAACACCAACGCGAUGUUGUAUUUUGUGAAGUGGCUUUAGUUGCCUCUGUGUGUGUGUGCCCGCUGUCCUGGCUUUCAGGGGAAGUGGCGCUGGGCCCGGAGGAAGCCAUGUUGUGAGAGCACAGUGCUGUUGGUGUCCUCGGAACUUACAGACCUUCAGUGUAAUUUAUGUGGGUUUUGCAGGCUAUUUUCAUUGCAGUAUUUUGACCUUAAAAUGAGUUAGUAAUAUAACUGUUUACUUUAUCCACCUGGGAUGCCACCUGAUUGUAUUUGGCUGCUGUCUGUAGCGAUGUGAGAGGUCCGUUCAUUUCAGAGCUCCUGUGAGAAGGCCUGCAGGCACCGCAAACCGGCACAGCUGGUGUAGCCAGGCCGGCGGGCACCGCAGACCGGCACAGCUGGUGGACCUAGGCCGGCGGGCACCGCACUGGCACAGCUGGUGGAGCCAGGCCAGCGGGCACCAUGGACCAGCACAGCUGGUGGAGCCAGGCCAGCGAGCACCAUGGACCGGCACAGCUGGUGGAGCCAGGCCAGCGGGCACCGCGGACCGGCACAGCGCCGCCUGUGACUCCACGCCGGUGUAGCCAGUGAAGGACAGCCACGCUUCCGGCUCGGCAGGCUGUGAGGAUGUCAGGCAGCUGGUAGUGCUGGGAGGGGGAUGCCCACCGGUGGCAAUGUGGGCUGAGCCCUUUGCAGCCUCGGGGGGCUGGCCUGCAACCUCGAAUUCAUGUGAAUGUGGAUGUAUGUUGGUAAAUAAAUGAUGGA